GUAGAUCCAGUGAAUAAAUACUGAGGGUGUCUGUUUCCACCACUCGUCUCACUGGUCACACUGGGUUCUGUAUCACCAUGCUCCACUUGGGCACCCCACUCUUGCUGGCAUCAAUCUUGGUGCUUGUGGAUUCAGGUGUCUCCAUAUUCACAGUCACCACCUGUGAAGGCAGCUAUGUCCAUCGCCUCAGCUGUGAGACUGGAGUGAUUGGAGUGCAGUCAGCACUGUAUGGACGUGCAGACAGUGUGACCUGCAGUGAGGGACAAUAUCCACAUAAGACUUCAAACAAUCAUUGCUCUCUGUUGGGAGCUGCAGAGACGGUCAAGAGAAGGUGUGACGGGAAAACUGUGUGUGAACUGAACCUGGUCGAAGUCAGUAACAGUGGGUCUGAUCCAUGCAGAGGCACCUAUAAAUACCUGCAGACCAAGUACAGAUGCCUUCCAUCAAAUCCUGUGAGCGGUUCAUACACAUUUAGAGACAUAAGUGAGGAAGAAUAAUAUAAUGUUUAAAAUAAAGCACAUUUAAUUAGAA